CGAUCUAUAACAUGGGAAUACCGGGGGUUACAAGGGGUUACAGGGGGUUACAGGGGGUUACAAGGGGUUACAAGGGGUUACAAGGGCAUACAAGGGGUUACAGGGGGUUACAAGGGGUUACAAGGGGUUACAAGGGGUGACAGGGGUUGACAAGGGGUUACAGGGGGUUACAAUGGAUUAUUGAAUCUUUUUUCUAACUAGAACGUUCCCAGAUACUUUUUCUUUGUCUAUUUUGCAUAACAAUCAAAGUUGAAGAAAUCUCAAAUUUUUGAUCAAAACCAUGGACUAACCCCUUUGCAAAACUUCUAAUUUUGCGUUUUUGGUACACAAUUGUUUUUAUAGUUUUUAAAGGCUUCUUUUUUAUCUAGAACGUCAGCAAACACUUUUUCUCGAUCCAUUUUUGAGAAACACAAAAGAUGAAAAAACUUCAACUUUUUGACCAAAAUAAUGGACUAUCCCCUUUGCAAAAAUGCCAAUUUUCCCUUCUUUUUAAAUCCAUGUUUAUAUUCUCUUGAAAGGCUUGUUUUCUAACGAGAACGUCACCAAAUACUUUUUCUGGGUGUAUUUUGCAUAAAACGAAACGUUGACAAAAUUUCCAAUUUUUGACCAAAACCAUGGACUAACCCCUUUGCAAAAAUGCCAAUUUUGUGCGUUUUCAAAAGCGAUGUUUUUGUUGUUCAGAAAGGCUUGUUUGCUAUAUAAAACGUCGAAAAUCGUUUUUUCACGAUCUAUUUUCGCGAUCUAUGACAAUGGAAUACAGGAGGUUACAGGGGGUUACAGAGGGUUACAAGAGGUUACAGGGGGUUACAGGGGGUUACAAGGGGUUACAAGGGGUGACAGGGGUUGACAAGGGGUUACAGGGGGUUACAAUGGAUUAUUGAAUCUUUUUUCUAACUAGAACGUUCCCAGAUACUUUUUCUUAGUCUAUUUUGCAUAACAAUCAAAGUUGAAGAAAUCUCAAAUUUUUGAUCAAAACGAUGGACUAACCCCUUUGGAAAAAUUCUAAUUUUGCGUUUUUCCUACACAAUUGUUUUUAUAGUCUUUAAAUGCUUCUUUUUUAUCUAGAACGUCAGCAAACACUUUUUCUCGAUCUAUUUUUCAUAAACACAAAAGAUGAAGAAACUUCAACUUUUUGACCAAAAUCAUGGACUAUCCCCUUUGCAAAAAUGCCAAUUUUGCCUUCUUUUUAAAUCCAUGUUUAUAUUGUCUAGAAAGGCUUCUUUUCUAACGAGAACGUCACCAAAUACUUUUUCUGGGUAUAUUUUGCAUAAAACGAAACGUUCACAAAAUUUCUAACUUUUGUCCAAAACCAUGGACUAACCCCUUUGCAAAAAUGUCAAUCUCGUGCGUUUUUGAAACCGAUAUUUUUGAUGUUCAGAAAGGCUUGUUUGCUAUAUGGAACGUCAAAAAUGGUUUUUCCACGAUUUAUUUUCACCAUCUAUAACAUGGGAAUACAGGGGGUUACAAGGGGUUACAGAGGGUUACAGGGGGUUACAAGGGGUUACAAGGGGUUACAAGAGGUUACAGGGGGUUACAAGGGGUUACAAGGGGUGAAAGGGGUUGACAAGGGGUUACAGGGGGUUACAAUGGAUUAUUGAAUCUUUUUUCUAACUAGAACGUUCCCAGAUACUUUUGCUUAGUCUAUUUUGGAUAACAAUCAAAGUUGAAGAAAUCUCAAAUUUUUGAUCAAAACGAUGGACUAACCCCUUUGGAAAAAUUCUAAUUUUGCGUUUUUCCUACACAAUUGUUUUUAUAGUCUUUAAAGGCUUCUUUUUUAUCUAGAACGUCAGCAAACACUUUUCCUCGAUCUAUUUUUCAUAAACACAAAAGAUGAAGAAACUUCAACUUUUUGACCAAAAUCAUGGACUAUCCCCUUUGCAAAAAUGCCAAUUUUGCCUUCUUUUUAAAUCCAUGUUUAUAUUGUCAAGAAAGGCUUGUUUUCUAACGAGAACGUCACCAAAUACUUUUUCUGGGUGUAUUUUGCAUAAAACGAAACGUUCACAAAAUUUCCACUUUUUGACCAAAACCAUGGACUAACCCCUUUGCAAAAAUGCCAAUUUUGUGCGUUUUUGAUAGCGAUCUUUUUGUUGUUCAGAAAGGCUUGUUUGCUAUAUAAAACGUAAAAAAUCGUUUUUCCACGAUUUAUUUUCAUGAUCUAUAACAUGGGAAUACCAGGGGUUACAAGGGGUUACAGGGGGUUACAGGGGGUUACAAGGGGUUAGAAGGGGUUAAAAGGGGUUACAGCGGGUUACAAGGGGUUACAAGGGGUGACAGGGGGGGACAAGGGGUUACAGGGGGUUACAAUGGAUUAUAGAAACUUUUUUCUAACUAGAACGUUCCCAGAUACUUUUUCUUAGUCUAUUUUGCAUAACAAUCAAAGUUGAAGAAAUCUCAAAUUUUUGAUUAAAACGAUGGACUAACCCCUUUGGAAAAAUUCUAAUUUUGCGUUUUUGGUACACAGUUGUUUUUAUAGUCUUUAAAGGCUUCUUUUUUAUCUAGAACGUCAGAAAACACUUUUUCUCGAUCUAUUUUUGAUAAAAACAAAAGAUAAAAAAGCUUCUACUUUUUGACCAAAAACAUGGACUAUCUGAUCCCCUUUGCAAAAAUGCGAAUUUUGCCUUCUUUUUAAAUCCAUGUUUAUAUUGUCUAGAAAGGCUUGUUUUCUAACCCCUUUGCAAAAAUGCCAAUUUUGUGCGUUUUUGAAACCGAUAUUUUUGAUGUUCAGAAAGGCUUGUUUGCUAUAUAAAACGUCGAAAAUCGUUUUUUCACGAUUUAUUUUCACGAUCUAUGAGAUGGGAAUACGGGGGGUUACAAGGGGUUAAAGGGGGUUACAGGGGGUUACAAGGGGUUACAACGGGUUACAAGGGGUUACAGGGGGGUUACGAGGGGUUACAAGGGGUGACAGGGGGUGACAGAGGGUUACAGGGGGUUAAAAUGGAUUAUAGAAACUUUUUUCUAACUCGAACAUUCCCAGAUACUUUUUCUUAGUCUAUUUUGCAAAAAGAUCGAAGUUGAAGAAAUUUCAAAUUUUUAAUCAAAACGAUGAAGUAACUUUUUUGGAAAAAUUCUACUUUUGAGUUUUUCAUACACAGUUGUUUUUAUAGUCUUUAAAGACUUCUUUUUUAUCUAGAAGGUCAGCAAACAUUUUUUCUCGAUCUAUUUUUAAUAAACACAAAAGAUUAAAAAACUUCAACUUUUUGACCAAAAUCAUAAACUAUCCCCUUUGCGAAAAUGCCCAUUUUCAAUUCUUUUUAAAUCCAUGUUUAUAAUGUCUAGAAAGGCUUGUUUUCUAAUGAGAACGUCACCAAAUACUUUUUCUAGGUGUAUUUUGCAUAAGACAAAACGCUCAUUAAAUUUCCAAUUUUUGACCAAAACCAUGGACUAACCCCUUUGCAAAAAUGCCAAUUUUGUGCGUUUUUGAAACCAAUGUUUUUGUUGGUUAGAAAGGCUUGUUUGCUAUAUAAAAUGUCAAAAAUCGUUUUUCCACGAUUUAUUUUCACGAUCUAUAACAUGGGAAAACCGGGGGUUACAAGGGGUUACAUUGAGUUACAAGGAGUUAAAAGGGGUUACAGAAGGUUACAAGGGGUUACAAGGGGUGACGGGUUGUGACAAGGGGUUACAGGGGGUUACAAUGGAUUAUAGAAACUUUUUUCUAACUAGAACGUUCCCAGAUACUCUUUCUUAGUCUAUUUUGCAUAACAAUCAAAGUUGAAGAAAUCUCAAAUUUUUGAUCAAAACGAUGGACUAACCCCUUUGGAAAAAUUCUAAUUUUGCGUUUUUCGUACACAGUUGUUUUUAUAGUCUUUAAUGGCUUCUUUUUUAUCUAGAACGUCAGCAAACACUUUUUCUCGAUCUAUUUUUGAUAAACACAAAAGAUGAAAAAAUUUCAACUUUUUGACCAAAAUCAUGGACUAUCCCUUUGCAAAAAUGCCAAUUUUGCCUUCUUUUUAAAUCCAUGUUUAUAUUGUCUAGAAAGGCUUGUUUUCUAACGAGAACGUCACCAAAUACUUUUUCUGGGUGUAUUUUGCAUAAAACGAAACGUUCACAAAAUUUCCAAUUUAUGACCAAAGCCAUGGACUAACCCUUUUGCAAAAAUGCAAAUUUUGUGGGUUUUUGAUAGCGAUGGUUUUGUUGUUCAGAAAGGCCUUCUUGCUAUAUAAAACGUCGAAAAUCGUUUUUCCACGAUCUAUUUUCACGAUCUAUGACAUGGGAAUAGAGGGGGUUACAAGGGUUUACAGGGGGUUACUGGGGGUUACAAAGGGUUACAAAAGGGUUACAAGGGGUUACAAGAAGUUACAGGGGGUUACAAGGGGUUACAAGGGGUGACAGGGGGUGACAAGGGGUUACAGGAGGUUACAAUGGAUUAUAGAAACUUUUUUCUAACCAGAAAGUUCCCAGAUACUUUUUCUUAGUUUUUUUUGCAUAACAAUCAAAGUUGAAGAAAUCUCAAAUUUUUGAUCAAAACGAUGGAGUAACCCCUUUGUAAAAAUUCUAAUUUUGCGUGUUUCGUACACAGUUGUUUUUAUAGUCUUUAAAGGCUUCUUUUUUAUCUAGAACGUCAGCAAACACUUUUUCUCGAUCCAUUUUUUAGAAACACAAAAGAGGAAAAAACUUCAACUUUUUGACCAAAAUCAUGGACUGUCCGAUCCCCUUUUCAAAAUGCCAAUUUUGCCUUCUCUGUAAAUCCUUGUUUAUAUAGUUAAGAAAGGCUUGUUUUCUAACGAGAACGUCACCAAAUACUUUUUCAGGGUGUAUUUUGCAUAAAACGAAACGUUCACAAAAUGUCCAAUUUUUGACCAAAACCAUGGACUAACCCCUUUCCAAAAAUGCCAAUUUUGUGCGUUUUUGAAACCGAUAUUUUUGUUGUUCAGAAAGGCUUGUUUCCUAUAUAAAACGUCAAAAAUCGUUUUUUCACGAUUUAUUUUCACGGUCUAUGACAUGGGAAUACCGGGGGUUACCAGGGGUUACAGGGGGCUACAAGGGGUUACAAGGGGUUACAAGGGGUUACAGGAGGUUACAGGGGGUUACAAGGUGUGACUGGAAGUGACAAGGGGUUACAGGGGGUUAAAAAGUAGUAUAGAAACUUUUUUCUAACUAGAACGUUCCCAGAUACUUUUUCUUAGUCUAUUUUGCAUAACGAUCAAAGUUGGAGAAAUCUCAAAUUUUUGAUCAUAACGAUGGACUAACCCCUUGGGAAAACUUCUAAUUUUGCGUUUUUCGUACACGGUUGUUUUUAUAACCUUUAAAGGCUUCUCUUUUCUAGAACGUCAGCAGACACUUUUUCUCGAUCUAUUUUUGAUAAACACAAAAGAUGAAGAAACUUCAACUUUUUGACCAAAAUAAUGGACUAUCCCCUUUGCAAAAAUGCCAAUUUUGCCUUCUUUUUAUAUCCAUGUUUAUAUUGUCUAGAAAGACUUGUUUUCUAACGAGAACGUCACCAAAUACUUUUUCUGGGUGUAUUUUGCAUAAAACGAAACGUUCACAAAAUUUCCAAUUUAUGACCAAAACCAUGAACUAACCCCUUUGCAAAAAUGCCAAUUUUGUGGGUUUUUGGUAGGGAUGUUUUUGUUGUUCAGAAAGGCUUGUUUGCUAUAUAAAACGUCGAAAAUCGUUUUUUCACGAUUUAUUUUUACGAUCUAUGACAUGUGAAUACAGGGGGUUACAAGGGGUUACAGGGGGUUACAGGGGGUUACAGGGGGUUACAAGGGGUUACCAGGCGGGUACGAGGGGUUACAAGGGGUGACAGGGGGUGACAAAGGGUUAAAGGGCGUAACAAUGGAUUAUAGAAACUUUUUUCUAACUAGAACGUUCCCAGAUACUUUUUCUUAGUCUAUUAUGCAAAAAAAUCCAACUUGAAAAAAUCUCAAAUUUUUGAUCAAAACGAUGGAGUAACCCCUUUGGAAAAAUUCUAAUUUUGCCUUUUUCGUACACAGUUGUUUUUAUACUCAUUAAAGGCUUCUUUUUUAUCUAGAACGUCAGGAAAAACUUUUUCUCGAUCCUUUUUUGAAAAACACAAAAAAGCGAUAUUUUUGUUGUUCAGAAAGGCUUGUUUGCUAUAUAAAACGUCGAAAAUCGAUUCUUCUUGAUUUAUUUUCACGAUCUAUGACAUGGGAAUACAGGGGGUUAAACGUGGUUACGGGGGGUUACAGGGGGUUACAAGGGGUUAGAAGAGGUUACAUGGGGUUACAAGGGGUUGCAAGUGGUGACAGGGGGUGAAAAGGGGUUACAGGGGGUUACAAUGGACUAUAGAAACUUUUUUCUAACUAGAACGUUCCCAGAUAAUAUUUCUGAGUCUAUUUUGCAAAAAAACCCAAGUUGAAGACAUCUCAAAUUUUUAAUCAAAACGAUGGAGUAACCAGUUUGGAAAAAUUUUACUUUUGCGUUUUUCGUACACAGUUGUUUUUAUAGUCUUUACAGACUUCUUUUUUUUCUAGAACGUCAGCAAACACUUUUUCUCGAUCUAUUUUUGAUAAACACAAAAGAUGAAAAAACUUCAACUUUUUGACCAAAAUGAUGGACUAUUCCCUAAGCAAAAAUGCCAAUUUUGACUUCUUUUUAAAUCCAUGUUUAUAUUGUCUAGAUAGGCUUGUUUUCUAACGAGAACGUCACCAAAUACUUUUUCUGGGUGUAUUUUGCAUAAAACGAAACGUUCACAAAAUUUCCAAUUUUUGACCACAACCAUCGACUAACCCCUUUGCAAAAAUGCCAAUUUUGUGCGCUUUUGAAAGCGAUGUUUUUGUUGUUCAGAAAGGCUUGUUUGCUAUAUAAAACGUCGAAAAUCGUUUUUUGACGAUUUAUUUUCGCGAUCUAUGACAAUGGAAUACAGGAGGUUACAGGGGGUUAGAGGGGGUUACAAGGGGUUACAGGGGGUUACAAGGUGUUGCAAGGGGUGACAGGGGUUGAACAGGGGUUACAGGGGGUUACAAUGGAUUAUAGAAACUUUUUUCUAACUAGAACGAUCCCAGAUACUUUAUCUUAGUCUAUUUUGCCAAAAAAUCCAAUUUAAGAAAAUCUCAAAUUUUUGAUCAAAACGAUGGAGUAACCUCUUUGGAAAAAUUCUAAUUUUGCGUUUUCCGUACACAGUUGUUUUUAUAGUCAUUAAAGGCUUCUUUUUUAUCUAGAACGUCAGCAAAAACUUUUUCUCGAUCCAUUUUUGAAAAACACCAAAAAAGCGAUAUUUUUGUCGUUCAGAUAGGCUUGUUUGCUAUAUAAAACGUCGAAAAUCGUUCCUUCUUGAUUUAUUUUCACGAUCUAUGACAUGGGUAUACAGGGGGUUACAAUGGGUUACAGGGGGUUACAGGAGGAUACAAGGGGUUACAAGGGGUUACAAGGGGUUUCAAGGGGUUUCAGGGGGUUACAAGGGGUUACAUGGGGUGACAGGGGGUGGCAAGGGCUUAAAGGCCUUACAAUGGAUUAAGGAAACUUUUAUCUAACUAGAACGUUCCCAGAUACUUUUUCUUAGUCUAUUUUGCAUAACAAUCAAAGUUGAAGAAAUCUCAAAACUUUGAUCACAACGAUGGACUAACCCCUUUGGAAAUAUUCUAAUUGUGCGUUUUUCGUACACAGUUGUUUUUAUAGUCUUUAAAAGCUUCUUUUUUAUCUAGAACGUCAGCAAACACUUUUUCUCGAUCUAGUUUUGAUAAACACAAAAGAUGAAAAAACUUCAAUUUUUUGACCAAAAUCGUGGACUAUCCCCUUUGCAAAAAUGCCAACUUUGUGCGUUUUUUGAAACCAAUAUUUUUGUUGUUCAGAAAGUUUGUUUGGUAUAUAAAAUUGCAAAAAUCGUUUUUCCACGAUUUAUUUUCACGAUCUAUAUCAUGGGAAUACCGGGGGUUACAAGGGGUUACCGGGGGUUACAAGUGGUUACAAGGGGUUACAGGGGGUUACAAGAGGUUACAAGGAGUGACAGGUUGUGACAAGGGGUUACAGGGGGUUACAAUGGAUUAUAGAAACUUUUUUCUAACUAGAACGUUCCCAGAUACUCUUUAUUAGUCUAUUUUGCAUAACAAUCAAAGUUGAAGAAAUCUCAAAUUUUUGAUCAAAACGAUGGACUAACCCCUUUGCAAAAAUUCUAAUUUUGAGUUUUUUGUACACAGUUCUUUUUAUAGUCUUUAAAGGCUUCUUUUUUAUCUAGAACGUCAGCAAACACUUUUUCUCGAUCUAUUUUUCAUAAAGACAAAAGAUGAAAAAACUUCAACUUUUUGACCAAAAUCAUGGACUAUCCCCUUUGCAAUAAUGCCAAUUUUGCCUUCUUUUUAAAUCCAUGUUUAUAUUGUCUAGAAAGGCUUGUUUUCUAACGAGAACGUCACCAAAUACUUUUUCUGGGUGUAUUUUGCAUAAAACGAAACGUUCAAAAAAUUCCAAUUUACGACCAAAACCAUGGACUAACCGCUUUGCAAAAAUGCAAAUUUUGUGGGUUUUUGAUAGCGAUGUUUUUGUUGUUCAGAAAGGCUUGUUUGCUUUAUAAAACGUCGAAAAUCGUUUUUCCACGAUCUAUUUUCACGAUCUAUGACAUGGCAAUACAGGGGGUUACAAGGGUUUGCACUGGGUUACAGGGGGUUACAAAGGGUUUCAAUGGGUUACAAGGGGUUACAAAGGGUGACAGGGGGUGACAAGGGGUUACAGGGGGUUACAAUGGAUUAUAGAAACUUUUUUCUAACUAGAACGUUCCCAGAUAUUUUUUCUUUGUCUGUUUUGCAAAAAAAUCCAAGUUGAAGAAAUCUCAAAUUUUUCAUCAAAACGAUGGAGUAACCCCUUUGGAAAAAUUCUAAUUUUGCGUUUUUCGUACACAGUUGUUUUUAUAGUCUUUAAAGGCUUCUUUUUUAUCUAGAACGUCAGCAAACACUUUUUCUCGAUCUACUUUUGAUAAACACAAAAGAUGAAAAAACUUCAACUUUUUGACCAAAAUCAUAACCUAUCCCCGUUACAAAAAUGCCAAUUUUGAAUUCUUUUCAAAUCCAUGUUUAUAUUGUCUAGAAAGGCUUGUUUUCUAACGAGAACGUCACCAAAUACUUUUUCUGGCUGUAUUUUGCAUAAGACGAAAAGUUCACAAAAUUUCCAAUUUUUGACCAAAACCAUGGACUAACCCCUUUGCAAAAAUGCCAAUUUUGUGCGUUUUUCAAACCGAUAUUUUUGUUCUUCAGAAAGGGUUGUUUGCUAUAUAAAACGUCAAAAAUCGCUUAUCCACGAUUUAUUUUCACGAUCUAUAACAUGGAAAUACCGGGGGUUACAAAGGGUUACAAGGGGUGACAAGGGGUUACAAGGGGUUACAAGGGGUGACAGGGGUUGAAAAGGGGUUACAGGGGGUUACAAUGGAUUAUUGAAACUUUUUUCUAACUAGAACGUUCCCAGAUACUUUUUCUUAGUUUUUUUUGCAUAACAAUCAAAGUUGAAGAAAUCUCAAAUUUUUGAUCAAAACGAUGGAGUAACCCCUUUGGAAAAAUUCUAAUUUUGCGUUUUUCGUACACAGUUGUUUUUAUAGUCUUUAAAGGCUUCUUUUUUAUCUAGAACGUCAGCAAACACUUUUUCUCGAUCCAUUUUUGAGAAACACAAAAGAUGAAAAAACUUCAACCUUUUGACCAAAAUCAUGGACUGUCCGCUCCCCUUUUCAAAAUGCCAAUUUUGCCUUCUCUGUAAAUCCAUGUUUAUAUAGUUUAGAAAGGCUUGUUUUCUAACGAGAACGUCACCAAGUACUUUUUCUGGGUGUAUUUUGCAUAAAACGAAACCUUUACAAAAUUUCCAAUUUUUGACCAAAGCCAUGGACUAACCCCUUUGGAAAAAUGCCAAUUUUGUGCGUUUUUGAAACCGAUAUUUUUGUUGUUCAGAAAGGCUUGUUUGCUAUAUAAAACGUGAAAAAUCGUUUUUUCACGAUUUAUUUUCACGGUCUAUGACAUCGGAAUAGCGGGGGUUACAAGGGGUUACAGGGGGUUACAAAGGGUUACAAGGGGUUACAGGAGUUACAAGGGGUUACAGGGGGUGACAAGGGGUUACAGGGGGUUAAAAACUAUUAUAGAAACUUUUUUCUAACUAGAACGUUCCCAGAUACUUUUUCUUAGUCUAUUUUGCAUAACAAUCAAGGUUGAAGAUAUCUCAAAUUUUUGAUCAAAACGAUGGACUAACCCCUUGGGAAAACUUCUAAUUUUGCGUUUUUCGUACACAGUUGUUUUUAUAGCCUUUAAAGGCUUCUUUUUUAUCUAGAACGUCAGCAAACACUUUUUCUCGAUCUAUUUUUUAUAAACACAAAACAUGAAAAAACUUCAAGUUUUUUACCAAAAUCAUGGACUAACCCCUUUGCAAAAAUGCCAAUUUUGCCUCCUUUUUAAAUCCAUAUUUAUAUUAUCUAAAAAGGCUUGUUUUCUAACGAGAACGUCACCAAAUACUUUUGCUGGGUGUAUUUUGCAUAAAACGAAACGUUCACAAAAUUUCCAAUUUUUCACCAAAACUAUGGACUAACCCGUUUGCAAAAAUGCCAAUUUUAGGCGUUUUUGAAACCGAUAUUUUUGUUGUUCAGAAAGGCUUGUUCGCUAUAUAAAACGUCAAAAAUGGUUUUUCCACGAUUUAUUUUCACGAUCCAUGACAUGGGAAUACAGGGGGUUACAAGGGGUUACAGGGGGUUAAAGGGGGUUACAAAAGGUUAGAGUGGGUUACAGGGGGUUACAGGGGGUUGCAAGGGGUGACAGGGGAUGAAAAGGGCUUACAGGGGGUUACCAUGGAUGAUAGAAACUUUUUUCUAACUAGAACGUUCCCAGAUACUUGUUCUUAGUCUAUUUUGCAAAAAGUUCCAACUUGAAAAAAUCUGAAAUUUUUCACCAAAACGAUGGACUAAUCCCUUUGGAAAAAUUCCAAUUUUGCGUUUUCCGUACACAGUUUUUCUUAUAGUCUUUAAAGGCUUCUUUUUUAUCUAGAACGUCAGCAAACACAUUAUCUUGAUCUAUUUUUGAUAAACACAAAAGAUAGAAGAAAAUUCAACUUUUUGACCAAAAUCAUAAACUAUCCCCUUUGCAAAAAUGUUAAUUUUGAAUUCUUUUUAAAUCCAUGUUUAUAUUGUCUAGAAAGGCUUGUUUUCUAACGAGAACGUCACCAAAUAAUUUUAUUAGGUGUAUUUUGCAUAAAACGAAACGUUCACAAAAUUUCCAAUUUUUGACCAAAACCAUGGACUAACCCCUUUGCAAAAAUGCCAAUUUUGUGGGUUUUUGAAACCGAUGUUUUUGUUGUUGAGGCAGGCUUGUUUGCUAUAUAAAACAUCGAAAAUCGUUUCUUCGCGAGUUAUUUUCACGAUCUAUGACAUGGGGAUACAGGAGGUUACAAGGGGUUACAGGGGGUUACAUUGGGUUACAAGGGGUUACAGAGGGUUACAGGAGGUUACAAGGAGUUACAAGGGGUUAUAGGGGGUGACAACGGCUUACAAGGGAUGACAGGGGGAGACAAGGGGUUACAGGGGGUUACAAUGGAUUAUAGAAACUUUUCUGUAACUAGAACGUUCCCAGAUACUUUUUCUCAGUCUAUUUUGCAAAAAAAUCCAAGUUGAAGAAAUCUCAAAUUUUUGAUCAAAACGAUGGACUAACCCCUUUUCGAAAAAUUCUAAUUUCGCGCUUUUUCGAGCGCAGUUGUUUUUAUAGUCUUUAAAGGCUUCUUUUUUAUCUAGAACUUCAGCAUACACUUUUUCUCGAUCCAUUUUUCAGAAACACAAAAGAUGAAAAAACUUCAACUUUUUGAACAAAAUCAUAAACAAUCCCCUUUGCAAAAAUGCCAAUUUUGCCUUCUUUUUAAACCCAUGUUUAUAUUGUCAAGAAAGGCUUGUUUUCUAACGAGAACGUCACCAAAUACUUUUUCUGGGUGUAUUUUGCAUAAAACGAAACGUUUACAAAAUUUCCAAUUUUUGACCAAAACCAUGGACCUUUGCAAAAAUGCCAAUUUUGUGCGUUUUUGAAACCGAUGUUUUUGUUGUUCAAAAAGGCUUCUUUCCUAUAUAAAACGUCGAAAAUCGUUUUUUCACGAUUUAUUUUCACGAUCUUUGACAUGGGAAUAACGGGGUUACAAGGGGUUAAAGGGGGUUACAGGGGGUUAAAAGGGGUUACAAGGGGUUACAAGUGGUUACAGGGGGUUACAAGGGGUUACAAGUGGUGACAAGGGGUUACAGGGGGUUACAAAGGAUUAUAGAAACUUUUUUCUAACUAGAACGUUCCCAGAUACUUUUUCUUAGUCUAUUUUGCAUAACAAUCAAAGGUGAAGAAGUCUCAAAAUUUUGAUCAAAACGAUGGACUAACCCCUUUGGAAAAAUUCUAAUUUUCCGUUUUUCGUACACAGUUGUUUUUAUAGUCUAUAAAGGUUUCUUUUUUAUCUAGAACGUCAGCAAACACUUUUUCUUUAUCUACUUUUCAUAAACACGAAAGAUGAAAAAACUUCAACUUUUUGACCAAAAUCAUGGACUAUCCCCUUUGCAAAAAUGCCAAUUUUGCCUUCUUUUUAAAUCCAUGUUUAUAUUGUCUAGAAAGGCUUGUUUUCUAACGAGAACGUCACCAAAUACUUUUUCUGGGUGUAUUUUGCAUAAAACGAAACCUUUACAAAAUUUCCAAUUUUUGACCAAAACCAAGGACUAACCCCUUUGCAAAAAUGCCAAUUUUGUGCGUUUUUGAAACCGAUGUUGUUAUUGUUCAGAAAGGGUUGUUAGCUAUAUAAAACGUCAAGAAUCGUUUUUUCACGAUUUAUUUUCACGAUCUUUGACAUGGGAAUAACGGGGUUACAACGGGUUACAGGGGGUUACAAGGGGUGGGUGACAAGGGGUGACAAGGGGUUAGAGGCGGUUACAUAGGAAUAUAGAAACUUUUUUCUAACUAGAACGUUCCCAGAUACUUUUUCUUAGUCUAUUUUGCAUAAAAAUCAAAGUUGAAGAAAUCUCAAAAUUUUGAUCAAAACGAUGGACUAACCCCUUUGGAAAAAUUCUAAUUUUGCGUUUUUUGUACACAGUUUUUUUUAUAGUCUUUAAAGGCUUCUUUUUUAUCUAGAACGUCAGCAAACAGUUUUUUUUCUCGAUCUAUUUUUGAUAAAAACAAAAGAUGAAAAAACUUCAACUUUUUGAAAAAAAUCAUUGACUAUCCUUUUUGCUUAAAUUUCAAUUUUGCCUUCCUUUUAAAUCCAUGUUUAUAUUGUCUAGAAAGACUUGUUUUCUAACGAGAACGUCACCAAAAACUUUUUCUGGGUGUAUUUUGCAUAAAACGAAACGUUCACAAAGUUUCCAAUUUUUGACCAAAACCAUGGAUUAACCCCUUUGCAAAAAUGCCAAUAUUGUGCGUUUUUCAAACCGAUAUUUUUUUUGUGCAGAAAGGCUUGUUUGCUAUAUAAAACGUCGAAAAUCAUUUUUUCACGAUUUAUUUUCACGAUCUAUGACAUGGGAAUACAGGGGGUUACAAGGGGUUACAGGGGGUUACAGGGGGUUACAAGGGGUUACAAGGGGUUACAAGCGGCUACAGGGGGUUACAAGGGGUUACAAGCGGUGACAGGGUGUGACAAGGGGUUACAGGGGGUUACAAUGGAUUAUAGAAACUUUUUGCUAACUAGAACGUUCCCAGAUACGUUUUGUUAGUCUAUUUUGCAUAACAAUCAAAGUUGAAGUAAUCUCUAAAUUUUGAUCAAAACGAUGGACUAACCCCUUUGGAAAAAUUCUAAUUUUGCGUUUUUCGUACACAGUUGUUUUUAUAGUCUUUAAAGGCUUCUUUUUUAUCUAGAACGUUAGCAAACACUUUUUCUCGAUCUAUUUUUGAUAAACACAAAAGAUGAAAAAACUUCAACUUUUUGACCAAAAUCAUGGGCUAUCCCCUUUCCAAAAAUGCCAAUUUUGCCUUCUUUUUAAAUCAAUGUUUAUAUUGUCUAUAAAGGCUUGUUUUCUAACGAGAACGUCACCAAAUACUUUUUCUGGGUGUAUUUUGCAUAAAACGAAACGUUCACAAAAUUUCCAAUUUUUGACCAAAACCAUGGACUAACCCCUUUGCAAAAAUGCCAAUUUUGUGGGUUUUUGAAACCGAUAUUUUUGAUGUUCAGAAAGGCUUGUUUGCUAUAUAAAACGUCGAAAAUCGAUUUUCCGCGAUUUAUUUUCACUAUCUAUGACAUGGGAAUACACGGGGUUACAAGGGGUUACAGGGGGUUACAGGGGGUUACAAGGGAUUACAUGGGGUUACGAGGGGUUACAAGGGAUGACAGGGGGUGACAAGGGGUUACAGGGGGUUAUAAUGCAUUAUAGAAACUUUUUUCUAACUAGAACGUUUCCAGAUACUUUUUCUUAGUCUAUUUUGCAUAAAAAUCAAAGUUGUAGAAAUCUCAAAAUUUUGAUCAACACGAUGGACUAACCCCUUUGUCAAAAUUCUAAUUUUGCGUUUUUCGUACACAGUUGUUUUUAUAGUCUUUAAAGGCGUCUCUGUUAUCUACAACGUCAGCAAACACUUUUUCUGGAUCUCUUUUGAUAAACACAGAAGAUGAAAAAACUUUAACUUUUUGACCAAAAUCAUGGACUAAGCCCUUUGCAAAAAUGCCAAUUUUGCCUUCUUUUUAAAUCCAUGUUUAUAUUGUCUAGAAAGGCUUGUUUUCUAACGAGAACGUCACCAAAUACUUUUUCUGGGUGUAUUUUGCAUAAAACGAAACGUUCUCGAAAUUUCCAAUUUUUGACCAAGACCAUGAACUAACCUCUUUGCAAAAAUGCCAAUUUUGUGCGUUUUUUAAACCGAUAUUUUUGUUGUUCAGACAGGCUUGUUUGCUAUAUAAAACGUCGAAAAUCGUUUUUCCACAAUUUAUUUUCACGAUCUAUGACACGGGAAUACAGGGGGUUACCAGGGGUUACAGGGGGUUACAAGGGGUUACAGGGGAAUACAAGAGGUUACCAGGGAUGACAGGGGGUGACAAGGGGUUACAGGGGGUUACAAAGGAUUAUAGAAACUUUUUUCUAACUAGAACGUUUCCAGAUACUUUUUCUUAGUCUAUUUUACAUAAAAAUCAAAGUUGAAGAAAUCUCAAAAUUUUGAUCAAAACGAUGGACCCUUUGGAAAAAUUCUAAUUUUGCGUUUUUCGUACACAGUUGUUUUUAUAGUCUUUAAAGGAUUCUUUUUUAUCUAGAACGUCAGAAAACACUUUUUCUCGAUCUAUUUUUGAUAAACACAAAAGACUAAAAAGCUUUUACUUUUUGACCAAAAUCAUGGACUAUCUGAUCUCCUUAGCAAAAAUGCGAACUUUGCCUUCUUUUUAAAUCCAUGUUUAUAUUGUCUAGAAAGGCUUGUUUUCUAACGAGAACGUCACUAAAUACUUUUUCUGGGUGUAUUUUGCAUAAAACGAAACGUUCACAAAAUUUCCAAUUUUUGACCAAAACCAUGGUCUAACCCCUUUGCAAAAAUGCCAAUUUUGUGCGUUUUUGAAACCGAUAUUUUUGUUGUUCAGAAAGGUUUGUUUGCUAUAUAAAACGUCGAAAAUCGUUUUCCCACGAUUUAUUUUCACGAUCUAUGACAUGGGAAUACAGGGUGUUACAAGGGGUGACAGGGGGUGACAAGGGGUUACAGAGGGUUACAAUGGAUUAUAGAAACUUUUUUCUAACUAGAACGUUCCCAGAUACUUUUUCUUAGUCUAUUUUGUAUAACAAUCAAAGUUGGAGAAAUCUCAAAUUUUUGAUCAAAACGAUGGACUAACCCCAUUGGAAAAAAUUCUAAUUUUGCGUUUUUCAUACACAGUUGUUUUUAUAGUCUUUAAAGGCUUCUUUUUUAUCUAGAACGUCAGCAAAAACUUUUUCUCGAUCCAUUUUUGAAAAACACAAAAAAGCGAUAUUUUUGUUCUUCAGAAAGGCUUGUUUGCUAUAUAAAACGUCGAAAAUCGUUUCUUCUUGAUUUAUUUUCACGAUCUAUCACAUGGGAAUACAGGGGGUUACAAGGGGUUACAGGGGGUUACAGGGGGUUACAAUGGGUUACAAGGGGUUACAAGGGGUUACAGGGGGUUACAAGGGGUUACAAGGGGUGACGGGGGGUGACAAGGGGUUACAGGAGGUUACAAAGAAUUAUAGAAACUUUUUUCUAACUAGAAUGUUCCCAGAUACUUUUUCUUAUUCUAUUUUGCCAAAAAAUCAAAGUUGAACAAAUCUUAAAUUUUUUAUCAAAACGAUGGAGUAACCCCUUUGGAAAAAUUCUAAUUUUGCGUUUUUCGUUCACAGUUGUUUUUAUAGUCUUUAAUGCCCUCUUUUUUAUCUAGAACGUCAGCAAAAACUUUUUCUCGAUCCAUUUUUGAUAAACAAAAAAAAGGGAUAUUUUUGUUGUUCAGAAAGGCUUGUUUGCUAUAUAAAACGUCGAAAAUCAGUUUUUAACGAUUUAUUUUCACGAUCUAUGGCAUGGGAAUACAAGGGGUUACCAGGGGUUACACGGGGUUACAGUGGGUUACAAGGGGUUACAGGGGGUUACAAGGGUUACAAGGGGUGACAGGGGGUGACAAGGGAUUAAAGGGGGUUGCAAUGGAUUAUAGAAACUUUUUCCUAACUGAAACGUUCCCAGAUACUUUUUCUUAGUCUAUUUUGCAUAACAAUCAAAGUUGAAGAAAUCUCAAAUUUUUGAUCAAAACGAUGGACUAACCGCUUUGGAAAAAUUCUAAUUUUGCGUUUUUCGUACACAGUUCUUUUUAUAGUCUUUAAAAGCUUCUUGUUUAUCUAGAACGUCAGCAAACACUUUUUCUCGAUCUAUUUUUGAUAAACACAAAAGAUGAAAAAACUUCAACUUUUUGACCAAAAUCAUGGGCUAUCCCCUUUGCAAAAAUGCCAAUUUUGCCUUCUUUUUAAAUCCAUGUUUAUAUUGUCUAGAAAGGCUUGUUUUCAAACGAGAACGUCACUAAAUACUUUUUCUGGGUGUAUUUUGCAUAAAACGAAACGUUCACAAAAUUUCCAAUUUUUGACCAAAACCAUGGACUAACCCCUUUGCAAAAAUGACAAUUUUGUCCGUUUUUGAAACCGAUAUUUUUGUUGUUCAGAAAGGCUUGUUUCCUAAAUAAAACGUCGAAAAUCGUUUUUUCACGAUUUAUUUUCAGGAUCUAUGACAUGCGAAUACCAGGCGUUACAAAGGGUUACAGGGGGUUAGAGGGGGUUACAGGGGGUUACAAGGGGUUACAAGAUAUUACAAGGGGUGACGGCGGUGUGAAAAGGGGUUACAGGAGGUUACAAUGGAUUAUAGAAACUUUUUUCUAACUUGAACGUUCCCAGAUACUUUUUCUUAGUCUAUUUUGCAAAAAAAUCGAAGUUGAAGAAAUCUCAAAUUUUUGAUCAAAACGAUGGACUAACCCCUUUUGAAAAAUUCUAAUUUUUCGGGCACGGUUGUUUUUAUAGUCUUUAAAGGCUUCUUUUUUAUCUAGAACGUCAGCAAACACUUUUUCUCGAUCCAUUUUUGAAAAACACAAAACAUGAAAAAACUUCAACUUUUAGACCAAAAUCGUGGACUAUCCCCUUUGCAAAAAUGCCAAUUUUGCCUUCAAUUUAAAUCAAUGUUUAUAUUGUCUAGAAAGGCUUGUUUUCUAACGAGAACGUCACCAAAUACUUUUUCUGGGUGUAUUUUGCAUAAAACGAAACGUUCACCAAAUUUCCAAUUUUUGACCAAAACCGUGGACUAACCCCUUUGCAAAAAUGCCAAUUUUCUGCGUUUUUGAAACCGAUAUUUUUGUUGUUCAGAAAGGCUUGUUCGCUAUAUAAAACGUCGAAAAUCGUUUUUUCAUGAUUUAUUUUCGUGAUCUAUGACAUGGGAAUACCAAGGGUUACAAGGGGUUAAAGGGGGUUACAGGGGGUUACAAUGGAUUAUAGAAACUUUUUUCUAACUAGAACGUUCCCAGAUACUUUUUUUAGUUCAUUUUGCAAAAAAAUCCAAGUUGAAGAAAUCUUAAAUUUUUGAUCAAAACGAUGGACUAACCCCUUUGGAAAAAUUCUAAUUUUUCGGGCACGGUUGUUUUUAUAGUCUUUAAAGGUUUCUUUUUUAUCUAGAACGUCAGCAAACACUUUUUCUCGAUCUAUUUUUGAAAAACACAAAAGAUGAAAAAACUUCAACUUUUUGACCAAAAUCAUGGACUAUCCCCUUUGCAAUAAUGCCAAUUUUGCCUUCUUUUUAAAUCCGUGUUUAUAUUCUCUAGAAAGGCUUGUUUUCUAACGAGAACGUCACCUAAUACUUUUUCUGGGUGUAUUUUGCAUAAAACGAAACGUUUUCAAAAUUUCCAAUUUUUGACCAAAACCAAGGACUAACCCCUUUGCAAAAAUUCCAAUUUUGUGCGUUUUUCAAACCGAUGUUGUUAUUGUUCACAAAGGCUUGUUUGCUACAUAAAACGUCGAAAAUCGUUUUUUCACGAUUUAUUUUCAGGAUCUUUGACAUGGGAAUAACGGGGUUACAACGGGUUACAGAGGGUUACAGGGGGUUACAAGGGGUUACAGGGGGUGAAAGGGGUUACAAGGGGUGACAAGGGGUUACAAGGGGUUACAGGCGGUUACAAAGGAUUAUAGAAACUUUUUUCUAACUAGAACGUUCCCAGAUACUUUUUCUUUGCCUAUUUUGCAUAAAAAUCAAAGUUCAAGUAAUCUCAAAAUUAUGAUCAAAACGAUGGAUUAACCCCCUUGGAAAAAUUCUAAUUUUGCGUUUUUCGUAGACAGUUUUUUUAUAGUCUUUAAAGGCUUCUUUUUUAUCUAGAACGUCAGCAAACAGUUUUUCUCGAUCUAUUUUUGAUAAACACAAAAGAUGAAAAAAAUUCAACUUUUUAAAAAAAAUCAAGGACUAUCCUCUUUGCUUAAAUUUCAUUUUUGCCAACCUUUUAAAUCCACGUUUAUAUUGUCUAGAAAGGCUUGUUUUCUAACGAGAACGUCACCAAAUACUUUUUCUGGGUGUAUUUUGCAUAAAACGAAACGUUCACAAAAUUUCCAAUUUUUGACCAAAACCAUAGAUUAACCCCUUUGCAAAAAUGCCAAUUUUGUGCGUUUUUCAAACCGAAAUUUUUGUUGUUCAGAAAGGCUUGUUUGCUAUAUAAAACGUCGAAAAUCGCUUUUCCACGAUUUAUUUUCACGAUCUAUGACAUGGGAAUACAGGGGUUUACAAGGCGUUACAGGGGGUUACAGGGGGUUACAAGGGGUUACAAGUAGCUACAGCGGGUUACAAGGGGUUACAAGAGGUGACAGGGUGUGACAAUGGGUUACAGGGGGUUACAAUGGAUUAUAGAAACUUUUUUCUAACUAGAACGUUCCCAGAUACUCUUUCUUAGUCUAUUUUGCAUAACAAUCAAAGUUGAAGUAAUCUCUAAAUUUUCAUCAAAACUAUGGACUAACCCCUUUGGAAAAAUUCUAAUUUUGCGUUUUUCGUACACAGUUGUUUUUAUAGUCUUUAAAAGCUUCUUUUUUAUCUAGAACGUUAGCAAACACUUUUUCUCGAUCUAUUUUUGAUAAACACAAAAGAUGAAAAAACUUCAACUUUUUGACCAAAAUCAUGGGCUAUCCCCUUUGCAAAAAUGCCAAUUUUGCCUUCUUUUUAAAUCAAUGUUUAUAUUGUCUAGAAAGGCUUGUUUUCUAACGAGAACGUCACCAAAUACUUUUUCUGGGUGUAUUUUGCAUAAAACGAAACGUUCACAAAAUUUCCAAUUUUUGACAAAAACCAUGGACUAACCCCUUUGGAAAAAUGCCAAUUUUGUGCGUUUUUGAAACCGAUAUUUUUGUUGUUCAGAAAGGCUUGUUUCCUAUAUAAAACGUCGAAAAUCGCUUUUCCACGAUUUAUUUUCACGAUCUAUGACAUGGGAAUACCAGGCGUUACAAGGGGUUACAGGGGUUACAGGGGUUACAGGGGUUAAAGGGUUACAAGGGGUUACAAGGGGUUACAGCGGGUUACAAGGGGUGACGGGGGUGACAAGGGGUUACAGGGGGUUGCAAUGGAUUAUAGAAACUUUUUCUAACUAGAACGUUCCCAGAUACUUUUCUUAGUCUAUUUUGCAAAAAAAAUCGAAGUUGAAGAAAUCUCAAAUUUUUGAUCAAAACGAUGGACUAACCCCUUUGGAAAAAUUCUAAUUUUCCGUUUUUCGUACACAGUUGUUUUUAUAGUCUAUAAAGGUUUCUUUUUUAUCUAGAACGUCAGCAAACACUUUUUCUCGAUCUAUUUUUGAUAAACACGAAAGAUGAAAAAACUUCAAAUUUUUGACCAAAAUCAUGGACUAUCCCCUUUGCUUAAAUGCUAAUUUUUACCUUCGUUUUAAAUCCAUGUUUAUAUUGUCUAGAAAGGCUUGUUUCCUAACGAGAACGUCACCAAAUACUUUUUCUGGGUGUAUUUUGCAUAAAACGAAACGUUCACAAAAUUUCCAAUUUUUGACCAAAACCAUGGAUUAACCCCUUUGCAAAAAUGCCAAUUUGGUGCGUUUUUCAAACCGAAAUUUUUGUUGUUCAGAAAGGCUAGUUUGCUAUAUAAAACGUCGAAAAUCGCUUUUCCACGAUUUAUUUUCACGAUCUAUGACAUGGGAAUACAGGGGUUUACAAGGCGUUACAGGGGGUUACAGGGGGUUACAGGGGGUUACAAGGGGUUACAAGUAGCUACAGGGGGUUACAAGGGGUUACAAGGGGUGACAGGGUGUGACAAUGGGUUACAGGGGGUUACAAUGGAUUAUAGAAACUUUUUUCUAACUAGAACGUUCCCAGAUACUCUUUCUUAGUCUAUUUUGCAUAACAAUCAAAGUUAAAGUAAUCUCUAAAUUUUCAUCAAAACUAUGGACUAACCCCUUUGGAAAAAUUCUAAUUUUGCGUUUUUCGUACACAGUUGUUUUUAUAGUCUUUAAAAGCUUCUUUUUUAUCUAGAACGUUAGCAAACACUUUUUCUCGAUUUAUUUUUGAUAAACACAAAAGAUGAAAAAACUUCAACUUUUUGACCAAAAUCAUGGGCUAUCCCCUUUGCAAAAAUGCCAAUUUUGCCUUCUUUUUAAAUCAAUGUUUAUAUUGUCUAGAAAGGCUUGUUUUCUAACGAGAACGUCACCAAAUACUUUUUCUGGGUGUAUUUUGCAUAAAACGAAACGUUUACAAAAUUUCCAAUUUUUGACAAAAACCAUGGACUAACCCCUUUGGAAAAAUGCCAAUUUUCUGCGUUUUUGAAACCGAUAUUUUUGUUGUUCAGAAAGGCUUGUUUCCUAUAUAAAACGUCGAAAAUCGCUUUUCCACGAUUUAUUUUCACGAUCUAUGACAUGGGAAUACCAGGCGUUACAAGGGGUUACAGGGGGUUACAGGGGGUUACAGGGGGUUAAAGGGGUUACAAGGGGUUACAAGGGGUUACAGCGGGUUACAAGGGGUGACGGGGGGUGACAAGGGGUUACAGGGGGUUGCAAUGGAUUAUAGAAACUUUUUUCUAACUAGAACGUUCCCAGAUACUUUUUCUCAGUCUAUUUUGCAAAAAAAUCGAAGUUGAAGAAAUCUCAAAUUUUUGAUCAAAACGAUGGACUAACCCCUUUGGAAAAAUUCUAAUUUUCCGUUUUUCGUACACAGUUGUUUUUAUAGUCUAUAAAGGUUUCUUUUUUAUCUAGAACGUCAGCAAACACUUUUUCUCGAUCUAUUUUUGAUAAACACGAAAGAUGAAAAAACUUCAAAUUUUUGACCAAAAUCAUGGACUAUCCCCUUUGCUUAAAUGCUAAUUUUUACCUUCGUUUUAAAUCCAUGUUUAUAUUGUCUAGAAAGGCUUGUUUUCUAACGAGAACGUCACCAAAUACUUUUUCUGGGUGUAUUUUGCAUAAAACGACACGUUCACAAAAUUUCCAAUUUUUGACAAAAACCAUGGACUAACCCCUUUGGAAAAAUGCCAAUUUUGUGCGUUUAUGAAACCGAUAUUUUUGUUGUUCAGAAAGGCUUGUUUCCUAUAUAAAACGUCGAAAAUCGCUUUUCCACGAUUUAUUUUCACGAUCUAUGACAUGGGAAUACCAGGCGUUACAAGGGGUUACAGGGGGUUACAGGGGGUUACAGGGGGUUAAAGGGGUUACAAGGGGUUACAAGGGGUUACAGCGGGUUACAAGGGGUGACGGGGGGUGACAAGGGGUUACAGGGGGUUGCAAUGGAUUAUAGAAACUUUUUUCUAACUAGAACGUUCCCAGAUACUUUUUCUUAGUCUAUUUUGCAUAAAAAUCGAAGUUGAAGAAAUCUCAAAUUUUUGAUCAAAACGAUGGACUAACCCCUUUGGAAAAAUUCUAAUUUUCCGUUUUUCGUACACAGUUGUUUUUAUAGUCUAUAAAGGUUUCUUUUUUAUCUAGAACGUCAGCAAACACUUUUUCUCGAUCUAUUUUUGAUAAACACGAAAGAUGAAAAAACUUCAAAUUUUUGACCAAAAUCAUGGACUAUCCCCUUUGCUUAAAUGCUAAUUUUUACCUUCGUUUUAAAUCCAUGUUUAUAUUGUCUAGAAAGGCUUGUUUUCUAACGAGAACGUCACCAAAUACUUUUUCUGGGUGUAUUUUGCAUAAAACGAAACGUUCACAAAAUUUCCAAUUUUUGACCAAAAUCAUGGACUAACCCCUUUGGAAAAAUGCCAAUUUUGUGCGUUUAUGAAACCGAUAUUUUUGUUGUUCAGAAAGGCUUGUUUCCUAUAUAAAACGUCGAAAAUCGCUUUUCCACGAUUUAUUUUCACGAUCUAUGACAUGGGAAUACCAGGCGUUACAAGGGGUUACAGGGGGUUACAGGGGGUUACAGGGGGUUAAAGGGGUUACAAGGGGUUACAAGGGGUUACAGCGGGUUACAAGGGGUGACGGGGGGUGACAAGGGGUUACAGGGGGUUGCAAUGGAUUAUAGAAACUUUUUUCUAACUAGAACGUUCCCAGAUACUUUUUCUUAGUCUAUUUUGCAUAAAAAUCGAAGUUGAAGAAAUCUCAAAUUUUUGAUCAAAACGAUGGACUAACCCCUUUGGAAAAAUUCUAAUUUUCCGUUUUUCGUACACAGUUGUUUUUAUAGUCUAUAAAGGUUUCUUUUUUAUCUAGAACGUCAGCAAACACUUUUUCUCGAUCUAUUUUUGAUAAACACGAAAGAUGAAAAAACUUCAAAUUUUUGACCAAAAUCAUGGACUAUCCCCUUUGCUUAAAUGCUAAUUUUUACCUUCGUUUUAAAUCCAUGUUUAUAUUGUCUAGAAAGGCUUGUUUUCUAACGAGAACGUCACCAAAUACUUUUUCUGGGUGUAUUUUGCAUAAAACGAAACGUUCACAAAAUUUCCAAUUUUUGACCAAAACCAUGGAGAAACCCCUUUCCAAAGAUGCCAAUUUUGUGCGUUUAUGAAACCGAUAUUUUUGUUGUUCAGAGACGCUUGUUUGCUAUAUAAAACGUCAAAAAUCGUUUUUCCACGAUUUAUUUUCACGAUCUAUGACAUGGGAAUACCGGGGGUUACAAGGGGUUAGAGCGGGUUACAAGUGGUUACAAGGAGUUACAAGGGAUGACAGGGGGUUAAGAGGGGGUUACAAGGGGUUACAAAGAAUUAUAGAAACUUUUUUCUAACUAGAACGUUCCCAGAUACUUUUUCUUAGUCUAUUUCGCAUAAAAAUCAAAGUAGAAGAAAUCUCAAAUUUUUGAUCUAAACCAUGGACUAACCCCUUUGGAAAAAUUCUAAUUUUCCGUUUUUCGUACACAGUUUUUUUUUUUAUAGUCUUUAAAGGCUUCUUUUUUAUCUACACCGUCAGCAAACAGUUUUUCUCGAUCCAUUUUUCAAAAACACAAAAGAUGAAAAAACUUCAACUUUUUAAAAAAAAUCAUGGACUAUCCCCUUUGCAAAAAUGCCAAUUUUGUUGGUUCUUAAAAGCGAUGUUUUUGUUCUUCAGAAAGGUUUGUUUGCUAUAUAAAACGUCGAAAAUCGUUUUUUCACGAUCUAUUUUCACGAUCUAUGACAUGGGAAUACAGGGGGUUACAAGGGGUUACAGGGGGUUACAGGGGGUUGCAGGGGGUUACAAGGGGUUACAAGGGGUUACAAUGGGUUACAGGGGGUUACAAGGGGUUACAAGGGGUGACAGGGGGUGACAAGGGGUUACAGGGGGUUACAAAGGAUUAUAGA